GGCCGCUCCCUCGGGGUAGCAAGGAUUUCGCGGCCACAAGGACCCCCCGGAGCAGGGGUGGGGGAGGCGCGGCAGGAGGGGCGACGCCCGCCCGGUGCUGCCCGCCAAAACGCGUGGGGUGGCGGGACAGGACGGGGCAGAAGUGUGCAGACCGCUCUCCCGGCUGCCCCCCGCCUGCCGCGAUGCCCAGUGACACCCCGGCCUUCAGCAAGCCCCCGGACGUGGCGGGCCCGGGGGACAAGGGGAGCAGCUUCGGGAAGGCGGCGGCCCCCAUGGCGGCCGCCCCCGCGGACAGGGGCGCCGCUGCAGCGGGGAAGAAGCGGCCUCGACUGCCCAAGUGUGCCCGCUGCCGCAACCACGGCUACUCUUCGCCGCUGAAGGGGCACAAGCGCUUCUGCAUGUGGCGGGACUGCCAGUGCAACAAGUGCAGCUUGAUCGCCGAGCGGCAGCGCGUCAUGGCAGCGCAGGUUGCACUAAGAAGACAGCAAGCUCAGGAAGAGGAACUGGGAAUCAGCCACCCUGUGCCCCUGCCCAGUGUCCCUGAGACGUUUGUUAAGAAGAACAGUGGUGGCAGCUCUUGCCUCUCGCUGGAAAGCAGCAGCCCAAUGCACUCUACAAGUACAGCCAUGACAGCAGCUAGUACACCACCAGAGGGACGGAUGCUCGUUCAGGACAUCCCUUCCAUCCCCAGCAGAGGGCACUUGGAGAGCACGUCUGAGCUGGUUGUGGACUCCGCCUACUACAGCAGUUUUUACCAGCCGUCCCUGUAUCCUUGUUAUAACAACCUGUACAAUUACUCCCAAUACCAGAUGGCAGUGGCCAGUGAGCCUUCCUCAAGUGAGACGGGGAGUACAAUUGUAGGGUCGGCCAUGAAGAACAGCCUUCGAAGUCUCCCAGCAACAUACAUGCCGAGCCAGUCAGGAAAACAAUGGCAGGUGAAAGGCAUGGAGAGACACCAUGCCGUCAGCUCCCAGUACCGCAUGUGCUCCUACUACCCACCUGCCUCCUACCUGGGACAGGGGGUUGGCGCUCCCAUGUGCCUCCCCCAAAUCCUGACCUCUGAGGACAUCCCCUCCUCCUCGGAGUCAAAAGCGAGAGUGUUUUCGCCGCCCAGCAGCCAGGACUCCGGCCUGGGGUGCCUGUCGAGCAGCAGCGAGAGCACCAAGGGGGACCUGGAGUGCGAGCCCCCCGCGCAGCCCGGUAACUUCGCCAUGAGCCCCGUCCAGGAGGGCGGCGAGUAGCCGCGGCGCGGCGGCCCUCGCCCGGGCCAGGGCGGUACAGCAGCAGCGUUCUCCGUUUGCUUGUUCUGCUUGGGG